AUGGGAGAGAACUUUCAUUUGAUUGGUCAAAAUGUGUCAUUCAACCCAAUUUCUCCACAUCCAGCAAGUUCAUUUGGAACACCUUCACCACAGGGUACUGAACAAGUCAUGGAACAAGAAACUUCAACUAAGAAGAUGGUGAAGCAAAGAAAUUUGAGGUACUGGAGUCAUGAAGAGGAAGAGCGAUUGGCUAGUUCUUGGUUAGAAAUUUCUAAAGACCCUAUUCAUGGAAAUGAUAAGAAAGGAGAUACAUUUUGGAAGGAGAUCACUAGUGAGUUCAAUAGGAAAGGUGCAGGGAAGCGUACAAGGGAACUCAACCAAUUGAAGAUACACUGGUCACGCCUCAAGACAGCAAUUGGUGAGUGGAAUGACUACUGGACAAAGGUGACUCAGUUGCACACAAGCGGUUAUUCGGAUGACAUGCUGGAGGAAGAAGCACAAAAGAUGUAUGCAAACAGGCAUGGAAAGAAUUUUACCUUGAUACAUUGGUGGAAGAUUCUCAAAGAUGAGCCAAAAUGGUGUGCACAGUUCGAGACGGAGAAAGACAACCAAGACAGUUCUGAAAUAGUUGAUAUUCCAGAUGCACAGCAACGUCCGCCAGGUAGAGAAGCUGCAAAGGCUGAGCGCAGAGGAAAGCGUAAGAAGGAAAAUGUCAAGGAUGGAUUGUCAUCCUUGGGGACAAUAUUGAGAAAAUAG